CCAAAUGCCACACGGAAGAAAGACACCAAGAUCAUGGUUGUUGGCGGAGCCUCGUCCUCUUCCUCGUCGAGCUUCGUCGGAAUCGUGAGGGGCUUCUUCUCCAGGGCUCUCCACUCGUCCAAAGCCUCUGCGGGACCCGCCGCGGCCGUCCAUGGAAUCCACGUCUUCCACUGCCCGGAUGUGGUUGGGAUUGUAGCCAAGCUGUCGGAAUGUAUCGCGUUGCGAGGGGGAAACAUACACUGUGUGGAUGUGUUUGUUCCCGAGAAUAAGCAGGUCUUCUAUUCUAGGUGUGAAUUUGGAUUUGAUCCGGCAAGCUGGCCACGAGAUGAGAUCAAUAAUGACUUCAUGAAAUUAUCCACGUUAUUCAAUGCAGAAAGAUCUGUUGUGCGAGUACCUUAUCUAGACCCAAAAUACAGGAUUGCAGUUCUUGCUUCAAAGCAGGAUCAUUGCUUGGUUGACUUGUUACACAGGUGGCAGGAGGGUAGACUUCCUGUGGACAUCAGUUGUGUGAUAAGCAAUCAUGUUAGAUCUCCGAAUACUCAUGUCAUACGAUUCCUUGAAAGACAUGGGAUUCCAUAUCAUUACCUACCAACAACUCCAGGAAAUAAGAGAGAGGACGAGAUUUUGGAAUUAGUUGUAGAUACUGAUUUUCUUGUGCUUGCAAGAUAUAUGCAGAUAUUGUCUGGAAGGUUUUUAGAGAGCUAUGGCAAAGACAUUAUUAACAUUCAUCAUGGCCUUCUUCCAUCAUUCAAGGGUGGGAAUCCUUCUAAACAGGCUUUUGAUGCUGGGGUGAAAUUGAUUGGUGCCACAAGUCAUUUUGUGACAGAAGAACUCGACUCAGGUGCAAUUAUUGAACAGAUGCAGGUUGAGAGAGUUUAUCACAGAGAUACCUUACAAAGCUUUGUACAGAAAUCAGAAAACCUUGAGAAGCAAUGUUUGGCACGGGCACUAAAAUCAUACUGUGAACUUCGAGUGCUACCUUAUGAAUCAAAUAAGACUGUUGUAUUUUGAAGGAGAUUUGUUUUAAACGGUCGCAAUUUUGUAUCAACUCCUCUAUUAAUUCAGUUGAAUAAGGAUACUUAUUUUGAUAUCAUAUUUGGUUUUUAUUCUCAA